AUGGCAGAACUACGCGAAGGCCAGCGCUUGAAAUACACCGUCACCCACCACCGUCAGCCUCACCUCACUCAUGAAGAAUUCAUGAAAUGGAUCGUCGACGAACAUCUCCCACUCGCCAUGCCCGUCUUCAAAAAGUACGGCGUUCUCGCGUACACUCUCUACGACMCCCCCGCCAGUAUGAACGAGCCCCUUAAGGAGGCCAUGAUCAAAGUUCGCCCUACUUGGGACUUUGCCGAUUAUGACUGCAUCAUUGAGUAUUUGAUGCCGAGCCCAGAGGCCAUGAUGAACAUGCAACAGGAUCCAGAGUGGCAGGCAUCAAUCAAGGAUCAGGAGAAAUGGGUUAAUGUCUCAAAGGCCUUGUUGACAGUGGGUUAUGCUGUUCCAUAUCUCACCGAGUCUGGGGAGGUUAUGAAUAUGACCAAGUAG